AUGCAGCUAAGCACCAAAAAGAGGCCUCGAGCUGAAAGAGGCCCCCGCCCUCGCAAGGACAGCAGCGAGUUCGCCGUGGGGCCUAGUGAGGAUGUUUCCGCCACAGAUAGCCAAAGUUUUCGACGUGUAGCGAAAGCAUUCGACGCCUCUUCGGACGAAGAUCCGUUCUUCACGCAGUUCAAGAAGGACCUUGACACAGACAAGCGCAAGCUUUUGAAGACCAUUCAGAAGCGACAACAAGAUGCAAUCAACGCGGAUGCCUCUUUCCGCCGCCAAAUCCGUCCUCCAAUCGCAGACGCUCUCCGCCCGCGCAUUACUGCUACUUCUGCAAAAGGCAAUACAGCACAACCGAAGGCCAAUGAAGGGCCACGAGCAGCAGCAGCAUCAGGGCCUGCCGUGGCCGCUUGCCCAGUGGCGUCGUCCGGUGCGCGAAUCCUACAACUCUCGAAACAACUACUAGCGUCCUACGAGGAAGCGGUCAAAGCGAUCGAUGCGGGGGGCGACAGGCUUAAAGAUGCUGGCGGUCGGCUCGGUGAUAACUGGCCGAAAGACAUCGAGAAUCUGCGCGGCCUGUUGGAUAUUGGAUACAGGACGGCGCAGGAUGACGUGGUCAAGGUCUUGCAAGGCGCUGGUGAUGACGACGGGACCGACGACAGAGCCAAGAUGGAUGCGCAGGAGAAGGAGAAGGCGGAUGUCUUCUUCGGAGCUGACCGGGAGAAGCAACAGGAGAGGGAGCAGUUCAAUGUGGCGCAGUCGCUAUGCGAGGCGUCGAGGGGCGUGCGUAAGCUGAGCGAGAGCCUGCCGUGGGAGCCAGAGUCAGAGCUGCUGGAAUAG